CUCCAGGGCAACGGUGGGCCCUCUCACUGGAAGAUCUCACUACAGCCAUGAGCAGUAAGGAAUGCUUCAAGUGUGCACACUCUGGCCGUUGGGCUCCGGGAUGCCAUAAAGGAGGGGGAGCUCGAGGGCGCAGAGGUAGAGGCCGUGGCAGAGGUUAUCCGUGCGGUUCCACCACCCUACCUGACAUCUGCUACCGCUGUGGUGAGUCCGGUCAUCAUGCUAAGAACUGUGACCUUCUCGAGGACAUCUGCUACAACUGUGGGAGAAGUGGCCACAUGGCCAAAGGUUGUAUCGAGCCUAAGCGCGAGAGAGAACAGUGCUGUUACACGUGCGGCAGACCAGGCCAUCUGGCUCGUGAUUAUGACCCUUUGGCAGAGCAGAAGUGCUACUCUUGCCGCAAAUAUGCGCACAUUCAGAAAGACUGCACCCAAGCCAAGUGCUAUCGGUGCGGUGAGACCAGCCAUAUGGCCAUCAACUGCAGCAACACAAGCGAGGUCAACUGCUACUGCUGUGGCGAGUCCGGUCAUCUAGCCCGGGAAUGCCUCAUUGACACUAUUGCUUAA